ACACAAACAUGUAUUUGAUUACAUUCUUGUAUCUCUAAGGUAAAGGUGAGGAUGAUGAGACCCUGUGGUUUGGUGAAAUCCUGUCACUUGGUGAAGCCUGUAUCAGCAACUCUGGUCGCUGGCAGACACCUGACCCAGCAGGAGGGACUGCCCAGUCUGUCUGUUCCCCCUCUGCAGCACACCUGUGAGCGCUACCUCACCGCCUUGGAGCCAAUCAUGGAGGUGGACGAGCUGAAGCGCACAAAACAGCUGGUGGAAGAGUUUCAGAAACCAGGAGGGAUCGGAGAGAGAUUGCAGAGAGGCCUGGAGAGGAAAGCACGCAACACUGAAAACUGGUCAACAGACUGCAUCUUUGCUGAAUAUCUCGAAAACCGGAAGCCUUUGGUGGUUAAUUCAAAUAUUGGGACGUUUCUCCCCCAAAUGGACUACAGGGAAAAGCAGGGACAAAUGAGGUCUGCUGCCAAAGCAAUAGCGGGUAUUUUGGAUUUGAAGGCAAUGAUCGACAAUGAUACAUUACCAGUUGAGUACGUGAGAGGGAAGCCCCUGUGUAUGAAGCACUUCGACAAGGUUCUAUCAUCCUGCCGUAUCCCUGGUCCAGAGAAAGACUCGGUGGUGUACCAUGCCAAGAGCUCCAGUCCCCCAAAACACAUCACUGUAGUACACAACUCUCAGUUCUUUGUUCUGGACGUGUACCACAGUGAUGGGACUCCACUGACAGUUGAUCAGCUCUGUGUUCAACUGGAGAAGAUCAGCAACGCCUCACUACAGACCAGCAUGGAGCCUGUUGGCAUCCUCACCACCCAGAAUCGUGACUCUUGGAACAAGACCUACAUUAACUUAAUCAAGGAUGAGACCAACAAAGAAUCAGUGUCAGCAAUUGAAAGGGGCAUCAUCACACUGUGUUUGGAUGGACCGAUGCCUCAGGUGUCUGAUGACAUGUAUGACGUCAGUGCUGCCAAACAGAUACUGCAUGGAGGAGGCAGCCAGUGGAACAGUGGCAACCGCUGGUUUGACAAAGCGAUGCAGAUUAUUAUUGGAGAAAAUGGGGCAUGUGGUGGCAACGGCUCACAUACCAUUGCUGAUGGUACAAUCUUUAUGGCCUUGAGUGAUUUUUUUGCAGUAUACAUGAAGAAGUCAGAGAUGAUGCAGUCUCCCAUGGUGCCUUUGCCCAUGCCCCAGAAACUACACUUCAACAUCACACCUGAGAUCAAAAAAGACAUUGAGGAGGCCAAGCACAGCAUGGACAUACUGGCCCAAGACCUGGAUCUGAGAGUUAAGGUAUUUGACCACUUUGGAAAAAAUGUCAUAAAGGCCCUCAAGAUGAGCCCUGAUGCUUUCAUACAGAUGGCAAUACAGCUGGCCUACUACAGGCUGUAUCAGCGGUGCUCAUCAGUGUAUGAAGCUUCCUCCUUGCGUUUGUUCAGAAUGGGCAGGACAGAUGUAAUCCGUGCAACCUCGAAUGCCUCAGCUGCCUUUGUCAAGGCCUUCGAUGACCCCAGAAAACAGAACACAGAGAAGGUGGAUUUAUUGGAGAAAGCUGUAAAAGUACACACAUCAUUAUCCUACAUGGCGGUGAUUGGACAGGGCAUAGAUCUACAUCUCAUGGCUCUUAAAACUCAGGCUAUUGAGGAAAAAAUCCCCAUGCCUGAUUUCUUCACAGACAUCUCCUACGCUAAAGCCUUUGACUACGACCUCUCUACAAGUCAGGUACCAUCCAGGAGUGGCUGUCUCCCAGUAACUUGCGUUGAGAAACCCAAUGGAUAUGAUUUGUCCUACGGUUUUAUGAAUGAUCGCAUCAACUUUGUGGCGACAGCUAUCAAAUCCUGCAAAGAAACUAACGCUGCACAUCUGAUCCAAGCAUUAGAGGAUGCUCUGCUGGACAUGAGGACACUGCUGGAACAAACUCCAAGAGUCUAACUGUGAAGCUAUACAAGACUCAAGAAAUAGUUCAGUAUUCUGGGAAACAAGUGUAUUUUCUCAAAAGUCAAAAUAUUGUUUUAACUAACCUGAUCCAAGAUGAAAUAGAUACAACAGGGCAAGUCUCAAAUCUCACAGUAGUUUAGGCAGGUAUGGGAAUUGUUCUAUAGCCACAUGAUAUAUAUACCUUCCAAUCAUAUACAGCUAUGACUUUUCUGUAAUAACUUGGUGUUUCAUAUUAACUGAUUCCCUCUGCAUACAUAAUUUGCUGCUGUGCAGCCAAUUUUACUCUCUCUGCCUCCUGCAUCAGCAUAUUUGUUAUUUAAUUGAGUGUUCAUGUUCUUUCAGAAGUUGCAUAUCCAAGGCUGAGCUCAGGGGCAGUGUAUGUCACAUGUGUGUUUUUGUCACUGUAAAUAGUUAAAAACUUGAGUGUCCUAACUAAACUAAAGACUCAGAUAAGUCUUGAUAUAAUAGAUAGAGAUUAUGUAAAUGUAUAGAGCAAACUUUACAUGAUGUUUACAACACUAUAUUCUUUAAUUUCAUCACUGUACACACAAGAAACUGAUUAUCCAAUAAACAGUUUGCCAUAAAAUCUACUGACCACAUUCAUGCAUUCAAUAUGUUG